AUGCCUCACAUACCGCCGACCAUUGAGCUUCUCGAGCAUGCACAACUCCAAUAUAGAAGAAAGGAUUAUGUCAAAGCUAUAGACCUCCUCGAUCUGGCCAUCAAGCAUGAACCGUCGCCAUCGGUCAAAUUGCUCGAUACACGCGCAGCAGUCAAUGAGAAACUCGGCGACUACAAGCUCGCCCUCAAGGAUGCUCGGUCCUGUAUUCGUAUCUUCGAGAAGGAUCCUACUGGCUAUCUGAGAGCAGGAAAAGUGCUUCAAAUCAUGCAAAAGACUGACGUUUCCCUGAGCAUCUACAAACAUGGAAUUAGCAAAAAGGUCAAGAAUGUCGAGCUGCUCCAAAAAAUGCAUGACAAGCUCCUCUUGUCGCUUGCCCCCGACAAAGCUGCAGAUCCAUUCGCUCAACUGCCCAUCGAAAUUGUCGAGAUGAUUCUGUCCUACCUCAACUUUCGACAAAUUGCAUACUGCACUCGCGUAUCAAAGCAGUGGAAUGUCUUCAUCAACAGUUUGCCAGGACUUUGGAUGCAUUUGGACUUUUCGGAAGCCAAGAAGCCCGUCAGAUCUGCUUUCCUGAGUCACUGCAUCAACACUUCCAAGCGCAAAGUUAUCUCUGCCACUUUGAAACAUGUCAAAGACAUGGGGAAAUUCAUCAAAGCGCUAGCCCGAAGCUGUCCGGAAUUCGACUCUCUCCGUCUCGUCGAUGGCGGAUUGCACGGCGACAGUCUUGUACACAAUCUCAAGUCGGCUACCAAACUCAGAAAGCUUACGCUUGGUACCUCCGCUAGUAUCUCAUCUAUGACCCUUCCCAGUCUGCUUCUGGGUUGUGAGAAUCUAGAAGAGUUCGAAUGUCGAGCCAUCAUACCUGGUAGCCUGAAUCUGCACUGGAAAGGCGAGUUCCCCAAGCUCCAUCGUUUGAAGUUGAUCAGAAACUUCCAGUCGCCCAAUCGCUCAAUGCAUAUUCUCCGAAUCGCCACGCUCCUGGCGCUGACUCCAAAUCUGGAAUCUCUCUCACUCAAUGACUGGGCUGCGCCUUAUGACAUCCUAUCACUCAAGGAAUCAGCCAAGCAGCUAGUCGAGUUGGACAUGACGUCCGGGGUCUCUUCCGGUCCGGUGCCUUUCCCAUUUCGCGAUCUCCCACCGACUCUUCGCGUACUGCGUCUAGAUCUCGACAGAUCGCUCAGUAGUGUUGUGUUACUGAGCCCUAAAGACUUCUUCCUGCCCAACCUGGAGGAACUUGUCUGUUGUGGUGCAGACAUGGCCAGUCUUUUUCUGUCAGACCCUGAACUCAUCUCAAAGUACCCAGACCCUGCAGACAACAGAUUUCUCAAGCAUUCCAACCUCUCCAGACUACAUACGCUACACGUGCAAUGCACAGGUGCAGCACAGUCUGUUACCUCGCUUCUGGCCCUUCCUCGUCUGGAACGUCUUCGCAGUUUACGACUAACACACAACUCCGACGUCGGCGAUGAUGUGGCGAAGCACAUCGCCACAAACAUGAAGAACUUGCAAGACAUAGAUCUCUCCUCAACCAUGAUCACAGGUGCAGGUGUGCGUGUACUAGUGGAUGGUCUCAAGCCAUCUUUAAGGACACUCAAGUUUGUAAACGUUUGGCAUUGCAGUCCAGACGCACCGGAGUGGGCGAGAGAGCAGGGUAUACGGGUUCAGUACUCGCAAAAUGCCGACACCAAACCUAAAGGACGCAAAAUCCGCUUCGAAUGA